AUGUAACGUUAUCCGCUGCUGAGUGCGUUAACUGAAAACAUUGUUUCUUCCUUUUUCUCGUCUUAUGUCAUACCAGUUGUUGGUUUUGUCCGGGUCCGAAAUGUUUUAUCAAUCGGUUUCGGUAGUUAAUGUUAUCACUCAACUUGUCGGAGCAUGAUCUUAUCCCCGAUAGGGCGUCUGGAGAGAGUAACGGGUAACUUAGCUAGCGUUAUACUGAGCGGCGGCGGCGGCGCAUUUGUUACCAGGUGCUAAGUUACGUUCUGUUCUUUGAAACAAGUCAGAAAGACAAAGGUGGACAACAAUGCUGCAGAUGGGAGAAGAAGUCACUCUGUACUCGGUCGUCUUCGUGGCGCUUCUGCUGGGGACACGGAGUCCGCUGUGGACAACCGCCCUCAUCGCCUCCCUCUAUUUCUUUAUGGCCAUGUUCCGGUUCCCCCAGGUACCGAGCAGCCGAGCCCGGCAGGUGCUGCACCCAACACAGGGCACGGCGGGCUCCGGCAAGGUGUCGGUGGUCGCUCACCGGGGCGGUGGACACGACGCACCGGAGAACACGAUAGCAGCCAUCCGGCAGGCCAGUAAGAACGGGGCGACGGGCGUGGAGUUGGACUUGGAGUUCUCAGCAGACGGCGUCCCAAUACUGAUGCACGAUGAGACUGUGGACCGGACCACCAACGGAUCAGGACCACUCAGCCAGAUGAGAUUGUCUGAGUUGGGUAAACUAGACGCAGCUGCUAAACAUCGGCUCAGGGACAAGUUUGCCGGAGAGAAAAUCCCAACCAUGGAGGAGGCAGUGGAGGAAUGCAUCAAGCUGAAGCUCACCAUCUACUUUGACGUCAAAGGUCAUCCAGAUGAGGCAGCUGCAGCCCUUAAAGAAUUGUAUAGAAAACACCCAGUCCUCUACAACAGCAGCAUCGUCUGCUCCUUCGAGCCCAAAGUCAUCUACAGGAUGAGACAGAGUGACCCAAAAGUGGUCACAGCAUUGACCCACCGCCCGUGGAGCCUGAGUCGGCUUGGAGAUGGUGCCCCACGUUUCUCGUCGCCGUGGAAACAUCACUGGACCUCAUUAAUGGACGUCGUGUUGGACUGGGCGCACCAUCACGUACUAUGGAAGCUCUGUGGCAUCUCAGCCUUCCUUGUACAGAAGAACUUUGUCUCACCGGACUAUGUCCAGUACUGGGCCCAGAGGGGGGUGGAUGUGGUGGCCUGGACAGUCAACACAGAAGUGGAGAAGGAGUAUUACCAGGAGUUACUACAAGUUAGCUACAUUACGGACAGCCUUGUGGAAGACUGUGAACCCCAUUACUGAGAAACACGUGAAGCAGGCGAACAAUGCGUUCACACACAUACCCCUCAAAAAAGACAAAACCCACAUGAAAGGAAAUUUUCACUGCCCACUCCUCACAUAAUGUGCCACUAGCCAUUCCAUGCACACUUUCAUUAUGGUGUGUGUGUGUGUGGGUGUAGGUUUAUUUGAGGCAGUCAGAAUGGGUGCUAUACAUAAUAACAAGAGGCCUAGGUUGCGUCCAAAAACUCUUUUUUUGCUUAGGAAGGUUCCUAACUGAGUGAAGUGAAGUAUUUCAGUGGAAGCCAUGAUAAGAGCUGUUCGAAUUCUCUAAAAGCGAAGGAAGGGAGCCUCAAUGCUUCUAUUCAUAUCUCCUUUAGCAUAGGGUACACCGGACCAUCCUUUAAGAAAGGAAAGGAGAGAAUGCCGUCCCACAAUUCCUUGUAGCGACAACAUUUAAAGCAACACACGUUCUCAAACUUAAAGAUAAAAUCCAUUGACCGCAUUUAGCAAAAUCCUAUCAAUACAGACGCACAUUAUGAUUCUUGAAUAAGACUCACAAUUUCCUUCUUUCUUCUGGUUUGUUUUCUUUAGGCUUUGCUGUAAUCUAAUGCUGUUUCAACACGAUUUUAUGUUUCGGAUCGUUGAAAUAAACUAUAAAGUGUUGUUAUUAUAAUUUUCUACAAUAAAAAAAAACCACUGUUUACUGUUUACAUACAUUAAUUGGGAUUCAUGUUGAUAAAUAUGGGUGGGCAGAGGGUGAGUGAGCAAGCAUUCUCAAUGUGACAACCCUUUCCAUUAUUUGGUGACUGAUAGGUACCCUAUAGCCCAUGCCUUUUUACUAUUUUGAUUAUGAAGCUAAUAUUCCACCAUGUUGUCCACUUUUAGAUGGCCUGCAUUAAAGCAACAUGGGGCGCAGUGUCAAAGAUGCGCUUUUUGUAGUCCAUCUUCUGAACAUUGUUGUUUCAUCAUGGCAGCUCACGUCAGUAACAUCUCCCGUCGCAUAAUUAUGUCGCUUAGAAAAGAGCACUCGGAUUCUCUGAGCCCCACGGCCCUUUUUUCCAAAGUCCUUACGAAUUCUCCUUCACAUCGUUCCUUGACCUCAUGACAUUUUCUAUCGAGGUCAAGGAAAAGUGGUGAAAAGUGACUUUUUGCACGCAGCCCUAGUAACAUCCUUUAUCCUGAUUAAUCAUAUUUCUCAGACAUGUUGAGGCACCUGAUGUGCAUUUAUAGACACUUUGAUAAUUAGUGUCUAUAAUAGGCCUUAAUCAAAUGUACUGUAUUCACCAACUCAGGAUUGCAAACAUUGUUUUUCUUGGUCUGCGUGUCUGUCUUAAUGUUUGUACUUUUUACUCAGUGAAGGCCAGUAGGAAGUAAACUACCUACAAAUCAUUUCUAUCACUCAUCAAACUAAUUAUUCUUACUUAUUUAGAACUUAUCUUCGACAAAUGCACAUAUAGAGUUGAAAUGUAGAAUAGAACAAGAUUGGCUCACAAAUAGUGAGUUUUUCACCUUGCCUCACUUUUAUAUGCGUUGCAAACUUGUCAUUUUUGUUUUCUAUUUAAAAUUAACAUUAUUUUUGUUUGAGAAACAAUGUGGUUCGUGGUUGUGAAGUCAGACUUCUGUAUCUGUUGAGCAGAUGCCACUGACCCGGUAUCUUCUUCUUCUUUUCAAGCUCAACCACACGCUUAUAUGCUCCUGUUCAGCAGCAGAUGAGGAAUUACUGUCGAGUACACUUUAGUAUCACAGUACUGCAAGUGGAAUGUAGUAGGACAGUACAGAGGAACAGAAAGGGAGGAGCAGUGAAGUAUGUUGGAGUGAGGAAUUAAGUUGUGACAGUGCAGCGUGUGAGAAUGUAUGAGGCUUCAAAAGUGGAGCAGAUUUACUGACAUUUGUCCUCAGAUGAUUGCUGCCAGUCAGCUAAACAUACUGACCUUUGACAUAAGGCAGCAGCACCUCACAUACAGUACAACGCAUGGCCUUUAUGACCGCAGGCAUGUAAUAAGCAGAAGCACGGGUGUAACUAAUAACACUCACGACAUGUACAUUGCAUUUAGGUGGAUGUGAGCUGUUCCAGUGAUCUAGCAUCUGCAGUAUCAUGUCCCCAGAACUGGAAAACCUAAAUGGAAUACAGCCACAAUUAAUUUUAAUUACAUUCUGUUUUUUGUUUUUUUUUCAGUUUU